GUCCCAGUGUGACAACACGAGUAAUGAGCACCUGGCACUCACCAUCCAUGCCAACAUGGCCCACUUUAACAGAAUGGUCGAAUGUGUCGUCACCACCUGCAUUGGGGACCCUAGCAUGAUGGUCCAGGACAGGGCCAGGGUGGUGGAGCUCUGAAUCCAGGUGGCCAAGGAAUACCAAGGCCUGAGGAACCUUUUCUCACUCCAUGUGAUCCUCUGGGCUCUGCAGGGCCCCUCCAUUCAGCAUUUAAAAGAGACAUGGAGAUGGGUGUCCAGGAAGAACUGUACAAAACUUAAAAAGUUGAUGAAAACAAGCCAGCAGGAGAGCAGGAAGCUGCUCAAGGAGGAGGUGACCUCUGUGUGGGCCACCUUAGAGAUGGAUCCCCAGGGAACCCAGGAGAGGCAGAAGCAGCAUGGUGUCAUCCCCUUCCUGGGCACGUUCCUCUAUCACCUGAAGCUGCUGGACAUUGGGAUGGAGGAUGAUCUGGAAGGAAAACAGUCCAACUUCCAGAAAUGGUGUGAGAAAUUCAAAGUCAUCAGGAGGAUCCAGCUGCUCCAGCAGGCUGCAAAUGCGUAUGACCUGGAGCCCGAAGAGCGAUUUGGGGCCUGGUUCCAGGCCCUGGAGCCCAUCAGUGUCCAUGAGAGCCGCCACGCAUUUGGCGAUGAGCCGUCACACUCUGGAGACCACAAGUGGAGCUCCUCCUGACCAGCAGGGAC